GGUGGCAGAAAGCAUGCAGGAAUUGGCGGCGCUUUAGAAGGCUUGCCACCAAGGCCAGUGGGGUGUCCUUGCCACCGGCCUGCUCGCCAGGGCCCCGGGUGCGUCUCUUGGAAGCGCUGCGUUCCAAGCAGCCUCGCCUCGGAGGCCUCGGAGGCCUCGGAGGCCUCGGCAUGCAGUUUCUGCAAGCCCAUGCUGCUUUGAUUGCUGCGGCCUUCACCACGUGCACCACGCGGCGGAUUGCAGCAGGCUCUGCUCGAGCAUCGUUUGCAGUGCCACUGCUGGACCUUGCUCAAUGCCGGCGGUCUGAGGCCUCCACAUGCACACCGUUCUUGGACGCGUUCAGAGGCAUCGGUGCAUUCCAGGUUCGGGUGCCUGCACCGCUGGCACGAGACUCUCAGCACGUCUUCGAGCACUUUGAGACUUUCAUGGCGCUGCCGGAAGCAGCUCGGCACCGUUUCCUGUGUGACCCUGGGGAGGUGCUGGUUGUGCACGGCUAUCAGCCUCGAGGCGGAGAGGCCGAACGUUUCAAUCGAUUCCGCUCCGGCAUCGUGUUCCACGGCGAGAGCACGCUGCCCUUGCUGCCGGAGCCUUUUGAGGAGGACAUCGAACGUUGGCGAGACGGGAUGUGGCGGCUCUCGGAGAGGAUUCUGGAGCAGCUCCGGGACGAGCUGUGCCGGAGCGGAAACAUGGAGGUGAACCUGGGCAUGGGUUCAUUCAGCCAGGGCGGUGCCGUCGACAUGAUCUCAGGGUCGCACUUCCAGCUGAAGCAGAUGCACUCCGGCUCCGAGCCCAAAGGCUCUGGGUCUGGAGAGACAGUCCGACUGCCGCUGCACCAAGAUCCAAGCUUUAUGUCCCUGCUGAUCCAUGGCUCAUCGGAUCCUCCAGGUCAAGGUCUGGAGAUCUGGGAUGAGGCAGCACAGGAGUUCGUCGCAGUUCCUCGGUCCGGCUGCGAGGUCGCCACCGUUUUCAUCGGCCAGCUGUUUCAUUUGCUUUGUGGGCGCGGCGACAUGCGAUUUGCCAAAGGAGCACAUCGAGUGGUGACUCGCGCCGGAGACAUGGAGAAGCAGCGCCUCACGGCCGUCUUCUUCUUCCAGCCGCAGUUGGACACGCUGCUCCUUCCCUUUGUCUCUCCAGCCAAAGGGAGCCAAGAAGAGACGAUUUCUUUCAGAGAGCGGCGCUUGCGCAGCUACCGGCGGUUCGCACGAGCAGCGCCACCGUGGAAAAAGGAGAGCGGAUGA